AGGGGGUUCCAGAACCUGAGAGCACAAUCCUGAGUGAUCUCACUGCCCAGGAUUCUGGAACUUGGGCUGCCUGAUGGUCCCUAUAUGAAAGAUGUAGUAGGGAAAAGGAGCGACAGCUGGCUAAAGGGGCCCCCCAUAACCCUCCCCAACACCCCAGGAGAGCAGCCUCUCUCCCCUGGUCCCAAGGAGCCAUGGAGAUGGAGAGCACCGCUGCCUCCACCCGGUUCCACCAGCCUCACAUGGAAAGAAAGAUGAGUGCAAUGACCUGUGAGAUCUUCAACGAGCUCCGGCUUGAGGGCAAGCUCUGCGACGUGGUCAUCAAAGUCAAUGGCUUCGAGUUCAAUGCCCACAAGAACAUCCUCUGUAGCUGCAGCUCCUACUUUAGAGCUUUGUUUACAAGUGGCUGGAACAACACUGAGAAGAAGGUUUACAACAUUCCUGGCAUUUCCCCCGACAUGAUGAAGCUAAUUAUUGAGUAUGCGUACACUCGGACCGUGCCUAUCACCCCUGACAAUGUGGAGAAGCUGCUGGCCGCUGCUGAUCAGUUUAACAUCAUGGGCAUCGUUAGGGGUUGCUGUGAGUUCCUCAAGUCGGAGCUGUGUCUGGAUAACUGUAUCGGCAUCUGCAAGUUCACGGACUACUACUACUGCCCCGAGCUGAGGCAGAAGGCCUACAUGUUCAUCCUGCACAACUUCGAGGAGAUGGUGAAAGUCUCGGCAGAGUUUCUGGAGCUCUCUGUCACUGAGCUCAAGGACAUCAUUGAGAAAGACGAACUCAACGUGAAGCAGGAGGACGCAGUAUUCGAGGCCAUUUUAAAGUGGAUUUCUCACGACCCCCAAAAUAGGAAGCAACAUAUUUCAGUUUUACUUCCUAAGGUCAAGUUUAGUUACUCUUUGCAAAUACUUAAUUGCUCCUGUUUGAUUCCUCUACCCAGAGGGAGCGUCCCCAAGAGCCACAAAAUAGGUCUCUUGCUCUCUUUGUCUGCUGAUUGUAAUGCCGUAUAAAUAUGUAUCCCCAUUGCCCGCUGACUGUGAACUCCUUGGGAGCAGACAUGCCUUAGUCCCUGGCCCUGCUAGCCCUUCACAUCAAAGUCAUCUCAAAGUUCGCCUGGCCCUAAUGCAUGCUGAGUACUUCAUGAAUAAUGUUAAGAUGAAUGACUAUGUCAAAGACAGUGAGGAAUGUAAGCCAGUCAUCAUUAACGCCCUAAAGGCUAUGUAUGACCUGAACAUGAACGGACCCUCCAAUUCUGACUUCACCAACCCACUUACCAGGCCCCGCCUGCCCUAUGCCAUCCUAUUCGCUAUUGGUGGCUGGAGUGGCGGGAGCCCCACCAAUGCCAUUGAGGCAUACGAUGCUCGAGCAGACAGAUGGGUGAAUGUCACGUGUGAGGAAGAAAGUCCUCGAGCCUACCACGGGGCAGCCUACUUGAAAGGCUAUGUUUAUAUCAUCGGGGGGUUUGAUAGCGUAGACUACUUCAAUAGUGUUAAGCGUUUUGACCCUGUGAAGAAAACUUGGCACCAAGUGGCCCCUAUGCACUCUAGACGUUGCUAUGUCAGCGUGACAGUCCUCAGCAAUUUCAUCUAUGCCAUGGGAGGGUUUGAUGGCUACGUGCGUCUCAACACUGCUGAACGGUACGAGCCAGAGACCAACCAAUGGACACUCAUUGCCCCCAUGCAUGAGCAGCGGAGCGAUGCGAGCGCCACAACACUCUAUGGGAAGGUCUACAUAUGUGGUGGGUUUAACGGAAACGAAUGCCUGUUUACAGCAGAAGUGUACAACACUGAGAGCAAUCAAUGGACAGUCAUUGCACCCAUGAGGAGCAGGAGGAGUGGAAUAGGUGUAAUUGCUUACGGGGAACAUGUAUACGCAGUGGGUGGCUUUGAUGGAGCCAAUCGACUGAGGAGUGCAGAAGCCUACAGCCCAGUGGCUAAUACUUGGCGCACGAUCCCCACUAUGUUUAACCCUCGUAGCAAUUUUGGGAUCGAGGUAGUGGACGACCUCUUGUUUGUGGUGGGUGGCUUUAAUGGCUUUACCACCACCUUUAACGUUGAGUGCUAUGAUGAAAAGACCGAUGAGUGGUAUGACGCUCAUGACAUGAGCAUAUACCGCAGUGCUCUGAGCUGCUGCGUGGUACCAGGGCUAGCCAAUGUUGGGGAGUAUGCAGCUAGACGGGACAACUUCACGGGAUUAGCACUGCGAGAUGAAGUAAAGUAUUCCGCUUCGACAAGUACCCUACCUGUAUGAGCCUCUUCAUUUAGCUAAUAAAAAGUCUAAGCAAUAAGAA